AUGGUGUCUUCUCCCAUUACUGAAGGCCUCAUAUACGAUAAAAAACUAUCCUCGGUCGGGCCGGCCUAUGCGACCGACCCGGACUUAGUGCACGAGCCCGGCAACUUGGACUUAGCCAUGAAGCUCCACUACCUAAGAGGAAUCUACUACUUUGAGAGGCAAGCUUUUGAGGGUUUGAGAAUCCUUGCCAUCAAGGAGCCCAUGUUUGACUGGCUUAACAAGUACCCGGUCACGUCGGGGCGCUUUCGCCGGGCCGAAUCGGGCCGGGCCUAUAUAAAAUGCAAUGAUUGUGGGGUGAGAUUUCUUGAGGCCAAAUGUGACAAAACUCUAGAGGAAUGGUUUCAAAUUCGGGAUGCAUCUCUUGAGAAGCUCCUUGUUUCCAACCAAAUCAUUGGGCCCGAACUUGGAUUUUCACCUCUCGUUCUUAUUCAGGUAUGA